GUGGAAGUGGAAUAAAUGUCCAGCGUUCUUACACGCGUGCACGUGUCUCGCGAGCUCCCUGAUUGCAAAUUACGUCCGCCAGGCAGCGCUGUGCAAUCAAGCCGAGCUUGCUUGGGUGCAGGCAGGCCCACCGACGCUGCGAAUUGCACGCACUCCCCUCGGGCGUCUCGGGCCACUUUUGCCGUCACUCUGCACCGAAGCGGCUCCCCUCGCAUUCUUCUUCCCCCGGAUUCAACGCGUGGAUUUGGAUAUUUUUCUCCCCUCCUUUCCCUGUUAUGUGACAGUGGACUGCGCCGUUGCUGUUUGCGGCAAAAGGCGGCGUGGCAAGGACGCGGAAUUGCGAAACGACCCCGAGGAAGCUUCUGGAAAACUCAGCAACCGUCCGAACCUUUCGCCAUGGAAACGGCAAGCCAGAGACGCAGCGGGCGCAGCGCCGUCUCGCCGGCCCGCAUCACCCGGCUUCAGGAGAAGGAGGACCUGUGCAACCUCAACGACCGGCUGGCCGUCUACAUCGACAAGGUGCGCUCGCUGGAGGCGGAGAACGCGGGCCUGCGUCUGCGCAUCACCGAGUCCGAGUCGCACGUCAGCCGGGACCUCAGCGGCAUUAAGGCGGCCUACGAGGCCGAGCUGGCCGACGCCCGCAAGACCCUGGACCAGGUGGCCAGGGAGCGGGCCCGCCUGCAGCUGGACCUCAGCAAAGUCAGGGAGGAAUACAAGGAGCUCAAAGCCAGGAACAGCAAGAAGGAGUCUGACCUGGAUGCGGCCCUGGCCCGCCUCCGGGACCUGGAGGCCCUGCUCAACUCCAAAGACGCCGCCCUCAGUACGGCGCUGGGGGAGAAGCGCAACCUCGAGGUCGAGAUCAAGGAUCUCAAGGCUCAGGUGGCCAAGUUGGACGUCGCUCUGGCAGACGCCCGUCGUCAGCUUCAGGACGAGAUGCUCCGUCGCGUGGACGCCGAGAAUCGUCUGCAGACGGUGAAGGAGGAGCUGGAGUUCCAGAAGAACAUCUACAACGAGGAAAUCCGCGAGUCCAAGCGUCGGCACGAGUCCCGCAUGGUGGAAAUCGACAGCGGGCGGCAGCAGGAGUUUGAGAGCAAACUGGCGGAGGCGCUGGCCGAGUUGAGGGGUCAGCACGAGGAGCAAGUUGGGCUGUUCAAAGCCGAGCUGGAGAAGACUUACAACUCCAAGCUGGAGAACGCCCGGCAGUCGGCCGACAGGAACAGCCACUUGGUGGGCGCCGCGCACGAAGAGCUGCAGCAAACGCGCAUUCGGGUCGAGGGCUUGACGGCGCAGCUCAGCCAGCUGCAGAAACAGCUGUCCCUGAGCGAGGCCAAAGUACGCGAGCUGGAGGACACGCUGAGCCGGGAGCGCGACCUGAUGCGGCGCCGGCUGGAUGAGAAGGAGCGCGAGAUGGCCGACAUGCGAGCGCGCCUGCAGCAGCAGCUGGACGAGUACCAGGAGCUCCUGGACAUCAAACUCACCCUGGACAUGGAGAUCAGCGCCUACAGGAAACUGCUGGAGGGCGAGGAGGAGAGGUUGCAGCUGACCCCCAGCCCCCCGCCCGGCCGGGUGACGGUGACGCGCACCUCGGGCUCGUCCCACAGCCACAGCCGCCUGCUCCACGCCACCCCGGCGGCCGCCUCCAGCAGCCGCACGUCGUCCGGCGUCGCCAAGAAGCGCCGCCUCAACGACGACGACAGCGACACCUCCAGCGUGAUGGCGGCCGGCGGCACCGUCACCAAGACGCGCAUCAUGCAGCACGCCGCCGCCAGCGGGCGCGUCACCGUGGACGAGGUGGACCAGGACGGGAAGUAUGUCAAGCUUAGCAACAAGAGCGACGAGGACCAAUCACUAGCCGGCUGGCAGUUGAAGAGACAAGUCGGGGGCGGCACCCCCAUCGUCUACAAGUUCCCCCACAAGUUCACCCUGAAGGCCGGAGCCACCGUCACUAUCUGGGCGGCGUCGGGCGGCGGAAGCCACGCCCCCCCGUCGGAUCUGGUGUGGAAGAGUCAGGACUCGUGGGGCACCGGUGACAUCCUGCAGACCGUUCUCGUCAGCGCCGCUGGGGAGGAAAUGGCCAGCAGGAAAGUGACCCGCACGCUCUUCCAGGAGGAUGAGGAAGACAUGGGAGCGCACAGCACCAGCGGUGAGAACGAGUACAACCUGCGCAGCCGCACAGUCAUCUGCGACUCAUGCGGGCAAACGUCGGAUCGCGGCCACGGCGGCGGCGGCCUGUCUGAAGGCCUCGUGGGACAUUCCUUUUUCAUGGCUGACGCUCAGCCCAGACAGAGUCGCGUCCACCCCGAGAACUGCGUCGUCAUGUGAAAGCAGACUUGGCCCCGCCUCCUCCGGCUGCACAUGUUGGAGUCACUGCUGGGAUGUUCAUUUUUUUUCUUUCUUUCUUACGACAUGAUUUAUUUUUCUCCUUUUUUUUAAUAUAUAUAUAUAUAUAUAUAUAUACUCUGGACUUCUGUGCUGCUUGGAAGUUGACAGUAGCUUUCCUUUGCAUAAUCUACUUCCUGUAUGUUAUUAUUGCAUGUGCGCUAAUGCUAAUGCUAGUGCUAAUGCCCCUGGUUCACUUUUAAUGCUGUCAAAAGUCAACACGCACAGAUUGUGAUCCCCUGUAAACGCGCGUAUUGAUAUUGUUAGCCCAAUAGUAUAUUUGCGAGUCAUUUUAAAAAAAAAAAACUUGGUCGCAAUAUUUAAUAAAAUAUACUUGCUUAAACAUUUUUCUUGUUUUUUUUUAAUAAUGUUCGGAUCUGAUAUGGGCAACAAUGCUAUUAGCUAUCGACAGACAUUUAUACAUUAAAGAAAAUGAAGCCAAUGUGGCUUGUUUUGUGAUUAUUUUUUUGACUCAUUAAUCCUGUUUUUUUUUUUUUAAUUUAAUUUAAAUUGCAUCUGAUGUUUUGUGAUCUGGGUUUUUUUUCAUUUUACAACAGUCAUUUUUCCUUCACUUCCCAUCUUGCUCCCUCCUCCCCAUGAGUAUUUUAAAAGCAUUUUUUUUUUUUUUUAAAUCUAACCCUCAAAGAUGUGGGGUGACAGCGACUUUUAGAUUGGGUGUCCUCAUGUGUGCCUGCUGCCAUGUUAGCGCUUAUUAGCAUAAUCGUAAUACUUUUGGCAUGCCUUUGUGAUUUUUUUUUUUUCCUGUUUCCUGUAACUUGUCAUUAAAAAAAAUCUGUACUGUACUGUAUUCAAGCAGCUUGUCAGCCAAAGUAAGCAUAGCCAAGCGCUUUUUGGAAAAUACUUGAUGGCUGUAAUUUUGUAGUUUCAGAUUUUUUUUUUUUCCAUUUUUAUUUUAUUUUUAUUUUUAUUUUUUGGUGCUAUUACGGUCCCCAAAAGUGCCUUCCAAGUCCUAUCCAAAGAUUUAAAGUUUUCAGAGAGUUGUCACAAGCGGUGUCAAUUCAACGAGAUUAGAAUGUUCUGAAAUUUGCCAAAUGAAAAGGUUUCAUUUUGAGAGGUUGUGUCCUGAUCAAAGCCAUAUUCAUAAAUGUUGGAUUACUUUUGUGCUUCUUUUCCAAAUAAAACCUCAAAAGAA